CGUACACUGCCAAUGGAAGACAUUCGCAUGUAUUUUGAAAGGCGACAUUUAAUGUACUGCACAUGGUUUUUUGUGUGGGUCGCUGUGCGUUCUAUUUAUAUAGCUGCACUUCUACGGGAGCACGUGCACUGCCAUAGGCGACAUUGGGCAAGUAAAACCCUAUGCAAUUACUAGAUCGGUUCGCCGUACGAGACAGCGACCAUUCUGAAAAAACCCUCCUCACCACGGCCAAGUGUAGUGUAUUCACGCAUGAGAUAAAGGUGACAUCGGCAUUUCCCACGUCGUGGGGAUUUACAUAGUACUACAGCGGGAGACCAGGGCCAAGUUUGCCGUGCGUCGCUCACUCUAUACCCACGGGGGUGACGACUGUAUGGAUUGAUGUACGGAGGUCUUCGUGGUUUGAAGCAGUUCAGCCAGGGUGCAACAGUAGUACCACAGGGUACCUUAUUAUAACGACGAUAAUUAUGCGGGUACACUGUGCUUUACAUGGUCAGUAUUAUUAAGUUGUCUUCUUACGAUAAUAUAAGACGGCAGCAGAAAACGCUUACUGUAGUAUUGUAUUGCAACAAUACUGCACUCCCAGCACUAUAAUUAUAUGGACUACUUCAUUGCUUCAGCUGUUUCCACAGCCUUGGUAUAAAGACGAGUUCUAGAUUCUCCACAUCCUCACUUCAACAUUGCGGGAUAAUUUAAUCUGGCAGCAUCGAUUGCGUCUUCACGUGUAGACACACCUCCACUGCUUUCAGGUUUCGCACGGCUAGAAAAAGGCUACACAUCACACACGUUUGUUCCUGAAUCCUGAAUCAGCUGAUGUUACUUCGUCCGCUAUGGGAGCACAACAGAGCACUAACGGGUCUGACGACGCUUAUAAAGUGGAUAUCUUCGGGGAAGACAUACGGAAAAAGUUCGAUAGAGGUGAGCUGAAGGUGACGCCGACGCACCUGUGCUUCAUGGGAGCCAAGAAUAGCUUCGAAUGGCCCCUCCAGGAUUUUAAGCGGUUUGGUCAGGCUAAACGUGUCUUCUCGGUCGAGCUCCUAGACUUCAACGACGUGCUCAACACUAGAGAAAUCAUCUUUCGCUCCAAGAGGGCACAGGUUAUCUGUGACGACUUCCGGGGGAAACUAGCCGCGUUGGAGCAACACGUUCAACCGGAGAGUCCACCAAUGAUCGAGGCGGUGUCUUGAUACCUCGUUCCCAAAUUCUCAUGGAAUCGUCGAACUCUUAGUUGAGGUGGGGGAGUAUGUGCCCAGUUUAACUUUUAAUAUCAAAACAUUUUCUUGAUGGGUGUGCGAGAGCAUGCUGCCGAGAGCUCACUAAAAAGCAAUGAUGGUAAUUUACCGUAAACCUUUACAGAAACUGCAGGCCAGUGUUGUUGCUGCAAGUCGGAGCAUGUUUAGAUUUCACUGUUUUCUUCCACUAAUAUGCGAACGCAAAAGAGCAGAGAUAAAAAAACACCCUUUGCGUCAUAAUCGUCUUUUCUGGUACUUUGUCUAUUUGUGAAUUUCCCUUUGUGGAACAGAAUUUUAUCACCAGUCUUCAAUGUUCUUCAAUUGAAGAUUAGCAAGUGGGUGCUUCACGAAAACUUCAAAACCAACUCAUGACUGUUAAAAAGGAGAAUUUUUCGUGGACAGUGGUGGUUCGCCAUGUUGUCCGCCGUGCGUCAGUGGCGGCCAUAAUAUAACCACCCAUCGUAAACCGGUUUAGUUGCUCGGUGUAUUUGCACCUGGAAUUUGAUCAGUUUAUAGACCAAACUCUGUUGCCACAGAAUCACCCUUAUUAUAUUAAACAAUAAUCACAAAUCAUUCGAUAGAGACAAAAAUAUAUGCGGGAGAGGUCAUGGAGUCCUGAAAGUGACGAUCCCUGAAUUGUAUUUUUUUUCAGCUGAUUUUAUUCUAGUCUGAACAGUGUGGAUGCAGCGGUAUUAACUGUGAUAACCUCGCCGUUCAUCAAGAUGCAUUUUGACGGCAGAAAGAACUUUGCAUGUAAGGGAAGGAAGUAGAGGCCUCGAAAUAAGGUGGUCAUUGUUGAAAAUAGUUAAGUUUUCCCUGUUUUUUUGUUAUGCAAGUCGCCAGACACAAGGCCUGAAGGCCACUUCAAGGUGUGGGUUAGAAUUUUUGUCCAGA